AUGGACGAGCAGACAUUCCAAAGUCAGCUCCAUGAGCUCAAGGCAAGGAUUGAUGAUCUGACGAUGAAGCACUUUGCAACGUCGCCACGCUCAUCACGACAUUCUGGUGAGCGCGAUUUCACUAGGCAGGUUCGAGAUGUUAAGAACCAUCUGCACCGCCUCGACACUUCUACGAGAGCAGCUUUGACCAAUCCAGAGGCUGGCAAAGAAGCCGUUAUGACAUCGCUAUUCAGAAGCAGCAUUCCAGAGGUACAGCAGAGCUCUUGGCUACCACAUAAUGAUCGCAUGUCGCUCCCAUCAGGUCCGCUGUUCUGGCAACUCUUCUCAAGCCUGCGAAGUGAUGUGCAGAGUAUAGACAUGCGCGUCUCGAACCUGGAGCAAACUGUGUCUGAUCUCGAAGACAAGGUCGACCGCUGGAACCCCGACCGGUUCACGCCCGCAAGUAGUGUAGCAAGGGCGGCGGAGAAUGCUAUCCAUCACACGCGUUGUUCCUCGGACUACACUCCAGGAUCUAACACCGCAGCCUUUCCAACCGACACAUGGAGAUGUGCAGGGGAGGAGGGCGAUGGCGUAGCUUCUUCAGGGUUGGAGCCUGUUCACGCCGCAAUGCCAACCACACCCAUACACGGAAGCGACGUCAAGCUACGCAGUAAAGACCGAAUGAUCGAAGAACUUACGCGCACUCAGCUUGACGCAGUUCAAGCGUCUGUUCAUAUGUUACGCACAUAUAACACAGUGAUGAACAGGGAUAUGACGCUGCUAGAUGGUGACAACGCAAAGGUGGUGCGUAAGAUUGUGAAGCUGCACUCACAGCUGUUUGAUGUCGGGGGCCACGAAGCAUGGGAGGAGAGCGCGAUGCCGCCGUCCUUACCAGAUGUCUCGCAAAACGCGUGGACGCUUGAGCUGCCUUGUUCUCCAUCUCGCACACCUGGUCUCUCAACCAAGACAACUUGUAAUCCUUCGUUGCACCCUUCGGAUGGACAACCAGCCUGGUCGCAGCAGAUGUUCCAGCAAUUACUGCCCGUUCAAGACGCUCUUUCCCGCAUUGAGGAACAGCUCGCUAAAGGGAACAAUAACAGUGAUAUGGUGGAACAACUUCAGCAUCGUCUCGUGACCGGCGCUUACUUGGGUAAGACGCCGUCUGCGCAUGCAGAGGGCGUCGAACGUGCCUUUCGAGACCAACAAGAUGAGACCCGAUCCUUACAGCAGAAGCAUGACGAGCUUCUUAGAGGCUACAAAGAGAAGAGCUCCGCUCUCUACGCGAGUAAAGUGCGGGCCGAGGAGCUGGAGCGGACGCUGCGUGAUGUUGACGCCGGCAGAGAGCGAUUUGAUCAGACCGUCAGCGAUUUGCAGCGGUUCUGCGAGCAAAAGGAUGUACUUCUGCAGAAUCAAGGCCACGUGAUUGCCCGAGGCGCUCAGCUCUUAGAGGAGAAGGACGACAUGCUCACGUCGUUGAACCGCACGUCAGAGGCGUUGCAGGCUGACCUCCACGACCAAAGGCGGCAAACUUUGCGUUUAGCUGGGUUGCUCGAUCACCGCAAUGCUUUGCUGGCCGAAGCUUCCCAGCGUGCGGCGAAGGAGGGUAAACAAGGUCCGUCUGCGCAGCGGCAAGGUGGUGGUUCGAAUGGGCCGCAUGAAGACUUCCCAAAGCGUUCGCCGCCACAUGCAGAGUCACCCGCUCAACAACUGAGUAAAGGUCGAGUGAUGGUUCAGAGUGGAGAUGGGCAGCUGGUUGAACGAGACAUUCCCGCGCAGAACGUUCAAGCGCAGCAAGUCAAAGACGCUUAUUCAUCGCUUUACACCAAGGAGUCUCGCGCACAGCAGCCUAGUGCUUCACGCGAGGUUUUCGAGCUGCUGCAAUCGGGGAGUAGACAUGGUGCCGCUAACGCCUCACCAUACCUUGUCGCACCUGCGGAUCAGCGUGGGACGGCGUUUGCUUGGUCGCCUGCCCCAACACAAGGUCACCGGAGGCUAGUGAGCGAGCAACGCAGGGCGUCAGCCUUGGCACGUGAUGCUGACACAACACCGGUGUUUGGGCAACCCAGUCCAAUAGGCAUAGCGGCUCAGCGUGACUCAUCCGUCGAGCGCAGACACGCAUGCGAACGACGUGCUGGCGAAGCCGCCGCCAAAGACAGGCGGCAGAGAAUGUUCGCCUCAACUGCAUCCAGGAAUGUAGAUGUUCCCGACCGGCCGACUUCAUCUGUACCUGCGCCACCAUACAGAGCGCGUUCUAUGGCUCAAAUGAGGGAGGGUUCUCGCAAUGAUGGGGAGAUGAGGCGCGACAUAUUCCGACAUCAGUCCGUGCACGAUCUCAAUAAGCGGCGUGAGCUACAAGCGUACGCGGAGACCGACGUAGAGAGCGGUGGCGAGCUAGGCGGCGAUCUUCUGCUGCUCGGCGGCCCUCUGCUUACGGAGGCUUUGCUACGUGUCAUCUUCAUCCUCUCACCCGGGCAUGUUACCAUGUCCGAACGAGAUAUACGCUCGCCCAUGAGUGCGCGCUCACGAGACUACGAUGAUGACUAUGAUCGCCGUCCUUCAACGCGCUCGCGUCCGGACCCAGACAGUCCGCGAGACCUAGGUAGAGCUCCGAAGCCCAGGAGACGGGACAACUACGAUGCGAGCGAUGAGGAUGAUGUGCCACCCUUGCGCUCACCUACCAGUCUCGACACCGGUAGUAGGCGACCUCGACGCCACCGAGGCUCCAACGACUCAUCUAUCCCACCGCCCCCCAUCGGCAAGGAGAGGUCGCACAACGAUUAUGAUGAUGGGGUGCAGCCAAUGCGCAGGCCGGUCGAGAACGGCCACCGUGACGGCCCACCGCCUUCGCGUGACCGCAGAAGACAUGGUGGCAGUAAAAACCUAGAUGACAUGGACGCACCGCCGCCCUCUCGCGACCGCAGAAGACACGGCCGGGAUUCCGAAGACCUGGGCGCGCCGCGCCGGAGAGAUCCUCCACCGCGAGACUACCCUCCCGACGAGCCCCGACCACGUCGCUCUCACCGCCCGUAUGAUGACGAAGAGACCGAUUACGAUGCGAAGCCUCGCCGUCGCAGUACUCGGGACCACGAUAAAGAUCGGUAUGACGACCGUGGCUACCGCAGUGAGGCGCCCAAGCGAGGCUCUCGCGACGACCGUGAUCGUGGGUAUAGGACAGAUGGGCGGGAGUCAUCGAGGCGAGACCGUGAGCGGCGACGUGAGAAGGAGAGAGCGCGUGAUCGGGAUGAUGACUAUGAUCGCCGUGAUCGUGACAGGCGCCGCUCGAGCGGGAGACGGUCUUCGGGCCAGAAGAGGGAUAAGGACAAGGAUAAGGAUAAGGAUCUUGAUCUUGGUAAAAUGCUCGAGACGGGAAAGAAGCACUGGAGUAAGGUCGAGCCGAUUGCGAAGCCUAUGUUGGGUGCUUUGGCGUCGAAGUACCUUGACACGUGA